AUGUUGCCGGAUUCCGCUUUGGAGGACGCUGAGAGACGUGCCGCAAGUUGGACUGGCGAUCGGAGGGGGUUCGAGGUAACCCACAGCAAUAGCCGGCGUCGUGACAUUCACGAAGAGGGCGAGAUCCCGCGAUUGGUAUUGAGUGAGUAUGAGGACUACGACAUGUGCGUGGUGUUCAAUCGAACAGUCUCACAACCAAACAAAUUGAUGACCCGGGAGGAAGUCCUGGAGGAGUUGAAAAGUGUGUGCCGCGCGCGCGUGGGGAAGGAUUUGCGAGAAAUUAAUGGCUCCUUUACGUUUCAUCCGGUGUUCCAAGAGAAGACAGUAAGUGGCAUGACUCGUCAGGCGUUCCACGAACUACUCCAGAAAAUGUUUAAGCGGGUUCUCGAUCAUUUGGGCGCCUUCUAUCGCGAGGAGGAGGGCUGCGACAAGAACGGGAAUAAGUUUAUAAGUAUUCGCCUAGGAGAAGGUGGCUGUCACCUUAUCUCUGAUAACCUGCGAUACCCGCUGCAACUGUCCCGGGAUGUGGCCAGCUACAGGCAGUUCAGAGCCGACGCGGACUUUUACCCGCCCAGGUUGCCGUUCGAGCCCAGCAUUGAAAAGUACGGAGACAGAUUGAUCUGGAAUCGAUACGACAGGCUUUCGCGUACCGUUAAACUUACCAACGAGCUGUACGAACAUCCGGAGACUUCUCUAUUCCGCUCCGCCGAUCGUUUGCGAUUGUUGAAGUGGGGCAUUUACGAAUUUUUGAACUUGGAUCUGUUAUGCGACAAGAAGUAUGUCAAGACAUACUACUGUCUUAAGCAGCCAGCCAUUGAACGUUCGCUACGUACUUCCUGGGCUAGUUUCAGGAAAGCAUUUCAGUUCCAACAGCCACUGAAUGACAUCCGUAACUACUACGGUGAGGAAAUUGCUUUGUACUAUGCUUGGAUGGGAUACUAUUGUACCAUGUCCAUUAUACCGGCUAUUGUUGGAUUGAUAGUGGGUAUACUAGGAGUAACUUAUAAUAGUAAUAUGUCAUUCAAUAAUUCCCUGGUAAACAAGUCGCGUCUAGUAUAUUGCGUGUUCAUUGGGAUUUGGAACGUUUUGUUCUUUGCAUUCUGGCAACGUCGAGAGAAGUUAUUAUCUUUGAGAUGGGGUGUGGAUAGUAUUUUGGAUAGUACGGUUGAAGAGAAUCCGAAUUUCAAGCCUAGUGAGUUCCGUGUUGAUCCGUCAAAUCCGAGUCAUUUUGUUCGUUGGUUCAAUCCUCAUCGACGAUACUUUCGUAUUCUAUUAACGUCUGUUGUAAUGGUGGUAAGUAUACUUGGUUUGACAUUAUUUGUUAACGAGGAUAUGUUGGAUGCGAUUGCUAAGAUCACUGAAAAAUCAGGAAGUGAAAAUUACUGGGGAGUAGAAGACUGGGUUAGAUACUUGGUACCUAGUCGUCAUGUGGCAGAACAUGCAGCAAUUGUUGUGAUGGCAACAACCCUAUUAUUGAAGGCUUACAACAUUGUGUUUAAAUCCAUGAUUGUUAAAAACUUAGGACAUUUCGAGAAUCAUCAACAUCUUCACGAAUUAACAUCCUCUAUUAAUCUCAAACUAUUCGUUUUACGUAUAGUAGGUUACUUCAGUGUAUUAUUCUACUUAGCAUUUUUCAAGGAAUAUUACAACCCAUGUGAAGAGACUAGUGAUGGUAGAUGUUUACCUCGAUUGUCGAAACAAUUGCUUAAUUUUUACUAUGUUGAUUUGGCUAUGAUUGUCAUGGAAAUUGGUCAGCCAAGUAUUAAAUUUUACUUGAACAAGUUCCUUAAUAAACCAGUGGAUAUGCCACGUUAUCAAAUGGAAUCGUAUCUAGAUGAGUACUCGGGAACAAGUGGAAUUUCUGGUGAGUACUUGGAGAAAAUCGUGCAAUACAGUUACACCGGGCUUUUCUCUAUGGCCUGCCCCUUCCUACCAUUACUAGGCUUGCUCAUCAAUCUCAUCGAACUGCGAUCCGAUGCACUCAAAUUGACCGCAGUCUACCGCAGGCCUUUUCCUCGAAAUGCUACUACAGGCCUUGGUCUAUGGGAUGAAAUUCAGAGAUCUAUGACCUUUCUAGGCAUACUCUCCAAUGUCAUGCUCUGCAUGUUCGCCACCGUCGGACACGGUAAUCCCAUGAGCGAAAAACUCACUGGCAGUCUUAUACUCUUACUCAUUGGCGUCGGAUUGAAAGACCUCAUCGAAUACAAACUACCCGCCGAAGGAGAAGAAUACAGACUACUCAAGGCCCGAAUGCAACUCACCAACCACGAAGCCCUCUGGGGCAAAGCCCGGGUCUCCAAGACAGGGUAG